CUGCGUCUUGACCUCGACGCAACUACCAUCCACGAUCCCUGGAAACAUUUUGCACCUUUUGAGGAUAAGUGUCGGGCGUGAUGCCUUCAGCCGUCACUAUGGCGCCGUCAAAACCAACAAAGAACCAAAUGAGGCGCGCGAAGAAGAAGGAACAGAAGAAGGCAGCGCAGAUCACUCCUACUCCCGAACCAGAAAAGGAACCAGAGCCCGUCCCUGAAGCAGCGCCAGCCGAGGCCGAAGAGGAAGAGGAUCCAUUAGAAUCGGAUAUCACAUCACUCGAGAUCAGCGAAGAUGAUCCGAAUUACGAAAUGUUCAAGAGCAUUAUGGAGCGAUUUGGCGCAAGCACAGAGGAAGAUGAGGCUGCGAAGGAGGCAAAUGCAGGAGAUAAGGGAGAGGUGUUCUACGAUGAUGACGACGACAUCCCGGACGAGGACGAGGAAGCAGACAAGGAACCAAAAUUGUCCAAGAAGAAACGAAAGGAGCGCGACAAGCUUUCCGUGGCCGAGUUGAAAGCCUUGGUCCAGAAGCCAGAGCUCGUGGAGUGGACCGAUACAUCUGCUUCGGAUCCCCAAUUGCUUGUUCAGAUCAAGUCAUAUCGAAAUGUUGUUCCAGUGCCAAGCCAUUGGUCACUGAAGCGCGAAUAUCUGUCUUCCAAACGUGGUGUUGAGAAACCUUCGUUCGCCCUGCCAAAGUUCAUCCAAGAAACUGGUAUUGCUGAGAUGCGUGAUGCGGUCUUGGAGAAGCAAGAUUCAGCCACUCUGAAGCAAAAGCAGCGUGAGAGAGUUCAGCCGAAAAUGGGAAAGCUGGACAUUGAUUAUCAGAAGUUGUAUGAAGCCUUCUUCAGGUUCCAGACCAAGCCUGAGCUAACGCGCUAUGGCGAGGUUUACUACGAAGGCAAAGAAUACGAGACGAAUCUUCGGCAUUUACGUCCUGGCGAGUUGAGUGAGGAUUUGAAAGAAGCUCUCAAUAUUCCACCAGGAGCUCCGCCUCCAUGGUUAAUCAAUCAGCAACGAUUUGGUCCUCCACCUUCCUACCCAUCUCUGAAGAUUCCUGGACUCAAUGCGCCUCCACCACCAGGCGGUGCCUGGGGAUUUCACCCUGGUGGAUACGGAAAGCCUCCUGUCGACGAGUUCAACAGGCCUCUUUAUGGUGGUGAUAUCUUUGGUGUUCUACAACCGCAAGUCAAUAACCAGGCAGGCGAGCCUAUUGAGCGCACCUUAUGGGGAGAACUACAAGCGCCAGAAGAAGAAUCAGAGGAAGAGGAAAGUGAGGACGAAGAAGAGGAGGGAGACGAAGAGGACAUUGGUGCAGGUCUUCAAACACCAAGUGGUCUUGAGACUCCGGGUGGAUUGGCUUCUACUGUUCCUUCGGAGUAUCCUGGCGACAUGAGUGUUGGCGGCGACUUUGACCUGAGAAAGACGAAGCGUGGCACCGAGACGGAAGAAUCUUCAGCUCCUAGAUCCGCAUACACUGUCAUCCCAGAGCGACAAAUUCGUGCAGAAGGUUUCUUUGGCGGCGAUCGAGCGUACGAUGUGCGUGGUGCUCAAAAUGCACACUUACCGGUUCUAGGACAAGACGAUGAAAACAGAAAGCGCAAGAAGCCUGGAGAUGUGGACGUGGCACUUGACCCUGAUUCUCUAUCAUCGGAGGAUGGUAUCAGCAAGGAAGAAGUGAAGCGUAGAUUUGAGCAGCAGAAGAAAGAAGAGAAAGGUGCGUGGGCAUUUGAGGAAGACCUCAGCGAUAUGAUUGCUCAGGAGAGUCGGAAGAGACAAAAGCGUGAUGAAGAAAAGCGAGGGGAGAAGAGGGAGAGAUCGUACAGGUUUUAGGGUGGAUGGGUGAUCAUCAUACAUGGAGUUUGGUGGCAUCUUGUGAGACUUGUAUUUCAGAAAGUGUAAUAUCAGAAUCGAAAAAGUACAUCAAUGCCGGGGCG